AACACAGUGACCUGGACAACAACACCAGCUGUUGGUGUUUACAGUGUCAGUAAACAUACCAUGCUGACAUCCAGUUAAGAAAAUGGGAAAAGUAGUGAGAUCAGCUAGUGUCAGCACCAAGUUUAAUAGAGCAUACUACACUGUCUGAAGGACUGACUACAGCAGCUGUCAGCAAGUUUAAUAAAGCAUACUACACUGAAGCACUGAGUACAACUACUGUCAGCACCUCUUCAGUGUCAGUAAACAUACCAUGCUGACACCCAGUUAAGAAAAUGGGAAAAGUAGUGAGAUCAGCUAGUGUCAGCACCAGGUUUAAUAAAGCAUACUACACUGUCUGAAGGACUGACUACAGCAGCUGUCAGCACCAAGUUUAAUAAAACAUACUACACUGAAGCACUGAGUACAACUACUGUCAGCACAUCUUCAAUAAUAUCAAUAAUUAUGUGUGUGUUCCAGUUGUCAAUAUUUGACUGAACUGUUUAGAAAAUCUAGUUUCUAACUUUUCUGUGGAAUUAAGGUAACAGAAAAUGUGGUUCAGUGUACACAUUAUUUCUCACAUUUAAUAAUGUGAAAGACAAUAUUAAAAAAUCCUAAUUCAUAACUAUUUUAAGUAACUAUUUCUGUAUUCUUACCUCCCUUGAAACUAUUAUGUUAGUCCUAGUCUUGCCCCUUUUGUGAAAAUAUUGGCUAUAAUCAUGCCCCUACUAUGAAAAUAUUAGACAUAGUCUUAUCCCUAUUAUAAAAAUAAGUCUUACCCCUAUUAUUAUAAUUUUAGUCAUAACCGUUCCAUUAACUGUGUUUAAAAACCUGAGUGUUUCUUAUUUUUAAUUAUUUCUUUGAAAUAAUUAGUAUACAUGCAAUUAAUUUAUGAUGAAAUAAGAUUGAAGUGUUUUUGGAAUAUUUAUAAUUACAUCACCUACACCAGCACCCAUUUAAAUAACUUACACUACCUACACCCCACUUAACAGUUUACACUACACCAGCACCCAUUUAAAUAACUUACACUACCUACACCCCACUUAACAGUUUACACUACACCAGCACCCACUUUCAGCUUACACCACCUUCACCAGCACCAAUUUAACUGCUUAUGCCACCUACACCAGCACCCACUUAAACAACUUACACCACCUACACUAGCACCCAUUUAAACAACUUACUCCACCUACACCAGCAUCAACUUAAACAACUUACACCACCUACACUAGCACCCAUUUAAACAACUUACUCCACCUACACCAGCACCAACUUAAACAACUUACACCACCUACACUAGCACCCACUUAAACAGCUUACACCACCUAGACCAGCACCCACUUAACAGCUUACACUACCUACACUAGUGCCCAUUUAAACAGCUUACACCACCUUCACCAGCACCCACUUAAACAACUUACACCACCUACACCAGCACCAACUUAAACAUCAUUAUUGCUCCAUCAGAAUAUUCCAAACAUUUUUCAAAAUUAACUUUAACAUCUAUUUCAGUUUUUGUACCAAGGAAUUUAAAAAAUAAUAUUAGUUAAGGAGAAAAGAGCUCACACAUUACUGAAAUUUAAUACAUUAUUUAUUGAAAUUUACAAACAAAAAAUACAUUGCAGUAUUUGAUAGUCAAAACAAAUAUUUUUGUGAUUUUUUUCGCAUAAAUUUGUAUUGGUUACAAGAGUUUAUUUACAUGAAAAGAAUUGCCCAUCAGUUGUCAAUAUUAUUAUGCUUUUUAAAAGUCUACGUUGGAGACUGUAUUAAAUAAGAGACAAUAGAGACAGAGAAUACAAAAUGUGCAGUACAGUUAUGUUGUUAUGUGAAGGAGUGCGUAGCAUACAAUGAAUUACUGGUUUAUUGAGUGUUAAAACUUGAAAUAAAAUAAAUUCAACAUGAAGGUGGUAAGUAAAGUCCAUCAGUGUCCUAUUUGUGAACAAGUUUUUCCAACUAAUUAUAAACUCAUAAGACAUAACAUUACUCAUACAGGAGAGAAGCCGUAUCAUUGUUCAGUGUGUCUGAAAGGUUUUAUCAGUAAAUCCUCAUUAAAGGAACACGAGAAAAUUCAUACAGGGGAGAAGCCACAUCAAUGUUCAGUGUGUCAGAAAAGCUUUAGGAAGAAAUCCUCACUAAAUAAACAUGAGCAAAUUCAUACAGGAGAGAAGCCAUAUCAGUGUUCAGUGUGUCAGAAAGAUUUUAGGAAUAAAUACUCACUAGGACAACAUGAGAGCAUUCAUACGGGAGAGAAACCGUAUCAGUGUUCACUGUGUCUGAAAGAUUUCAGGGAUAAAUGCUCACUAAAUAAACAUCUGAGAAUUCAUACAGAAGACAAGCCAUAUCAGUGUUCAGUGUGUCUGAGAGAUUUCAGGGAUAAAUCUUCACUAAAUCAACAUAAGAAAAUUCAUACCGGACUGAAGCCACAUCAAUGUUCAGUGUGUCAGAAAGACUUUCUUCUUAAAUACUCACUGAAACAACAUCAGAGAAUUCAUACAGGAGAGAAGCCAUAUCAGUGUUCAGUGUGUCAGAAAGUUUUUGCUGAUAAAUCCUCACUAAAUAGACAUCAGGGAAUUCAUAUAGGACAUAAACCAUAUCGAUGUUCAGUGUGUCUGAAAGCCUUCAGUGGCAAAACUGCGCUAAAUAAUCACAUGAGAAUUCAUACAGGAAAGAAGCAAUAUCAGUGUCGUGGAUGUCGCAAAAACUUCUUAGAAAAAUCCUCACUAUAUGAACAUCAGAAGGUUCAUGAAGGAGAGAAAUUAUAUCAUUGUUCAGUGUGUCUGAAAGACUUUAUUAAUAAAUAUGUACUCAAACAGCAUGAGAGAACUCAUACAGGAGAGAAACCCUAUCAGUGUUCAGUGUGUUAUAAAGGCUUUGGACGCAAGGAUUGCCUGAAUUCACAUAUGAAACGGCAUAUUGGAAAGAAGCCAUAUCAGUGUGCAGUGUGUACAAAAUUAUUUACAGCAAAAGGUUCUCUGGUAAAACAUAUGCGCUUUCAUACUGGAGAGAAGCCAUUUCAGUGUUCAGUGUGUGUAAAACAGUUUUCAGAAAAAUCUUCUCUUGUGAAUCACCUAAAGAUUCAUACAGUAGAAAAAAUACACGAGUGUCUUGAGUGUCAUGAAAUAUUUUCAAGUAACUCUCUUUUAGUUAAGCACAUGACACUUCAUGAAGAAGAUAAACCAUACAAGUGUUCAGAGUGUCAGGAAAACUUCUCAGCAGAAGAAAGUUUAGAAGAACAUUUUAAAAUUCAUACAAGGGAAACACCAUACAAGUGUUCAGAGUGUCAGGAAAGUUUCUCAGUAGAAGAAAGUUUAGAAGAACAUUUUAAAAUUCAUAUAAGGGAAACACCAUACAAGUGUUCAGAGUGUCUGGAAAGUUUCUCAACAGAAGAAAGUUUAGAAGAACAUUUUAAAAUUCAUAUAAGGGAAACACCAUACAAGUGUUCAGAGUGUCAGGAAAGUUUCUCAGUAGAAGAAAGUUUAGAAGAACAUUUUAAAAUUCAUAUAAGGGAAACACCUUACAAAUGUUCAGAAUGUCAGGAAAGCUUCUCAGCAGAGGAAAGUCUAGAAGAACAUUUUAAAAUUCAUUUAAGAGACUCGCCAUACAAGUGUUCAGUGUGUCAGGAAAGCUUCUCAAUAGAAGAAAGUUUAGAAGAACAUUUUAAAAUUCAUACAAGGGAAACACCAUACAAGUGUUCAGAGUGUCAGAAGGGCUUUUCAAGUGAAACAAGUUUAUUAUUACAUAAAAAAAUUCAUGAUUGGGAAAAAACAUACACUUGUUCACGGUGCUCACGAAGCUUUUCACAAAAAUUAGAAUUUGAAAAUCACUUGAAAGAUCACAACACAGAGCAGUCAUAUCAAUGUUCAAGGUGUCCGGAAAGUUUUUCCCACAAAACUGACCUAGUACAUCAUAUGAUAACUCAUGUAUAAGAGAGAAUACAAAGCAAUGUGAAAUGUUUUAAUGACAUUUUAAGAAAAAUAUGAUUUAUAAAAUCUCUUAUGACUGGUCAUUUGAGCAGGAAAACCCGAGAGGAGCAUAUACUCUGUUAGAAAUAUACAUGGGAAAUAUUUAUCAUGUAAAAUAGCACAGAUCUAAAAUAACAGUAAGGGAAGACAGAAAUACACUUAAAAAUAAUAGUUUAUUCUUACAUGCUAAUGCACUUAAAAAUAUAAGUUAGAUGUUUCCUAUUUGUGUAGUGCACUUAAAAAUAGAGGUUCUUUUAUUUCUACUUGUCUAGUUCAUUGCAGUAGAUUCUCAUAUUACACGAAUUUAUUUGGCACAUUUUUGUUAUUACACUGUUGAAAAAUUGUGGCAUUAUUUUAUACAACACUUUAUAAAAUUAACUUAACACGGUUCGGUUAGUGGGAGGGGAGAAAAUUUGGAGUGUCACCCAUGGGAUAUUUCCCUAGCUCAGGCCGCUGCCUGACUGUGAGUGAGACUACCGUCUCCACGGUGCUGCACCAGGCUUCAAGGCAGCAGAGGAUUCUUUCACCUUACCCCUUUGUGGUAAUGAGUCAGGUGAUUUCAAGUGUAAAUGCAUCAUUAUUUACCACUGAGAAUCCUUGUGCUUUGAAAGGUGUAGAUUAACCCUUUCAGGGUCGAGAGGCCCUCUCCUAAUCUUGUUCUCAGGGUCGAAAAUUUUUUGGAAAAAAAAAAAAAAUUUUCUUAUGAAUUGAUAGAGAAUCUUUUCUCAAUCAUAAGGACACCAAAAGUAUGAAAAUUGAUGGGAAACUUGCGGAAUUAUGCUCUUGCAAAGCUAGAGGUCUCGACGAUGUUUACACAUUGGCGAUUUUGCCCUAUUUGAGCCCUGUUUUGGGCCAAUUCCAGUGUACUAGUUGACAAAAAUCAUAACUAUUUUGCUAGAAUUUCAUUUUUUCUAUCAAAUGAGUACAAGAAACCA